GGACAUGGCUAGCGCGUGCGGACUAAGUGACGGUUCGCGUGCCUGUGUCCGCACGCGGUGUGAACGAAAUGGAGGCCUCAGCUUCGACCCCACCCUCAACCUCAACCUCAGCCUCCACUCCUGAGACCCGGGCAGCACAGGAGCAGCUGGAUAAAGAGCAGAUUAAGAAGGCUGUGGAAGCUCUGUUGGCACAUUCCAGGUCCAGGAAGAACACGAAUGGAUUGCUUCUGAAUGAGAAUGAAAAUUUCUUUUUAAUGGUGAUACUGUGGAAAAUUCCAAGCAAAGAACUCAGGGUCAGACUGUCCUUGCCUCAUGGUAUUCGAACAGAUUUAGCAGAUAUCUGUUUAUUUACCAAGGAUGAACCCAAUUUAACUCCUGAAAAGACAGAACGUUUUUAUAAGAAGCUUUUGAACAAGCAUGGGAUUAAAACCAUUUCUCAGAUCAUCCCAUUCCGAACUUUAAAAAAGGAGUAUAAAGCCUAUGAGGCCAAGCUCCGCCUCUUGGGUAAUUUUGAUUUAUUCCUUACUGAUGCGAGAAUCAGGCGGCUCCUACCCUCACACCUAGGGAGACAUUUCUAUAGCAGAAAGAAAGUUCCCGUAUCUGUUAACCUUCUGGCCAAGAAUUUAUCCAAAGAGAUCAAUGGAUGUAUAGGUGGAACUGUCUUAAACAUCUCUAAAAGUGGUUCUUGCAGUACCAUACGCGUUGGUCACACUGGAAUGGAAGUUCAGCACGUCGUGGAGAACAUUGCUGCUGUUGCAAAAAGGCUCUCACAGAAAUUGCCAGAGAAGUGGGAGAGCGUGAAACUCUUAUAUGUGAAAACUGACAGGUCAGUUGCCCUUCCCAUCUUUUCUUCAUUCAUCAGCAGCCAGGAUGAAGCCAAGGGAGUGCGCACCCCUAGUCAGAAGAAGAAAGAAGCAAAGAAAAAACAAAAGCAAGCAGAAUAUCGUGCAAGACAAAAGGGGAAGAAAAGAAACAAGAGGUUUACGAAAGGGGCAAAGAAGGCUGCUUCACCCCAGACUAAAGACAAGGAGGACCCUGAAACUAGUGGUGCUCCAGCAAAGGGCCCUGGGCCCCAGAAGGAAGAGACCCCGAAGUGCGGGAAGAGAGAGAUGAGCGUGGGGAAAAAAGCCCAGGUGAAAGUGCCAGACUCCGAAGAUGAAAUUCCCACCCUGGUACCAAUAGGAGCUGCUCUAGUGAAGGAAAACGUGAAGAUACAGAAACAAGCCACAGGAAAGAAGUCUCCAAAAAAGAGUCCUGGUCCCAACACACCCCGUGGGAAGAAGAGGAAGGCCUUCCCAGGUUUGGAGACCCCCAAAGCUGCAGAGCCCAAGACCCCAGGUAAAGGCCCAGGGAAGAAGCCAAGACUCAAAGAAGAGGUGGAGAAAGAAACAAACUCUUUGCUGGGGAAAAAGGACCCAAGACAGACUCCCAGAAAGCCAGAGGCCAAGUUCUUUGCUACUCCUGGUAAAUCUGCAAGGAAAGCUCCCCUCAUACCUAAGCAACGUCCUAAAAAGCCCAAGGUGUCCCAGUCGACCUAACGUCAGAGACUCAGCCAGAGGGAAGUUGCACUUCCUGGACCUUCUCAAAAUAGUUGGGUCCUGAUCCUACUGUAACCUUCUCCAAGACUGAGGCCUGAACAUAAAUAUUUUUUAAAAGCUCCACAAAUAAUUCUGAUGUAUGUUCAUAGGUGUAAGAACCAGCAGUUUGAAGUAAAUUCAUUCUUUUUUUUAGUUGGUCUUCUGUGUAUUUGCUAAUGGAACAGAAAAUGCAGUGCUUCUCUGUG